CUUGCUAGAGGCGGGCGGGCCGCGGCCGCGGUGUUUCCCAUCCGCCAGAGUCUCCCCUUCAGGUGAAUCCUUCUGACAUUUACUCUCGCAAACCUAGCCCGAACUCUCGCCAUGGCGACCGCUGGGAUGGCGUCCGAAGACCCGUUCCACUAUUACCGAGAGGUUGAGGGGUUCCGGACCCUGCCUCCCACCUUCCAGUCCAGUGACCAGAUCACGCCGAUGCAGACUCCCCAGCGACCCACUGUGUCUGCCGCCAGAUAUGCUCAAUAUUUGGAAAACGCUCCAAAGAUUCCCCGGACUCCUUGGGGCACUGAGAGGGAAUAUGGAGGAGUUAAAAUCCUGAAUCUACCUGACGGUCACAGACAAAAGGAUGGGCAUGCCACAUUCAUGGAAAAGGGACACCAACAUUUUGGUUAUGGUGGACACCCUCUUCCUGGUGAUGUUGCCAUUGACCAAUAUUAUGAUAUCACCCAGCUGAAGAGGAGUCAACUUCGCCCCACUGAUCAGCUGCUUCCAACUACCAAGGAGCUCGCAAUGGAUCAGAAGCAAAUACGGAUGCCAUUUCCUGCUGAACAUCCCUUCCAUUCCCACAUUCCCAAGUUUGCAAUAUUCCCAAGCUUCAUCUCACCAGAUGAUCCGUACACUGGUGUACGAGCUGGACGCCUGAUGCCCAUUAACCCUGAUAUGCCUGCCAAAAGUUACACUGUGACAGUAACACAGAAAACUAAAGGAUUUCCAUAUAGACAUGAAAAACAGGAAAUAUUUACUCACGGUAAAGGUUUACAAUGGCCAGGACAAGAAGGAUAUUUUCAUUAUCCGAAAUCAGGUACAGAACGGGUGCAAACAUUCUAUCCUAUACCACCAAAGAGCAUUGCCCCCAACAGACCAGAGCGCUCUGUUGCACAUGCUGUCUCCGAGAGAACUGCUAAUAUACUGAAAAACAUUGAGAAAUCACAUUGGCAAAGCAGACACAAAAGGGACUUCACAGGUCAAGGACCAAUGAACCCAAUUCAGUUAGAUGAUUACUUUGACAAGAAGAUGGCAAAGGUUACAGGAAAAUACAGCUACUUCACAGAACUGAAAGAACAAUCUCGUCCAACUUUGAUGCCUAAUCCACCCCUCCGUCCCAUGAGGAAAAAGGAUAGUGUUAAAGAAGGUGCUGCAGGUGAUGAGUUUGACUACCGGUGUGUUGACAUCUCUCCGACUCUGGAGAACAUACCAGCAUAUGAAUGGGCUGAUGUGAUAUCACAGCCACCGAUGUGUGAAACUGAUUCAGUACCUCCAAAUGUUGAGACAAUUACAAAUGCUAAUGAAGCAAUGAAUUGGAAAAAUAUACAUUGCCGAACAGCCCCCCACCCACCAAAUAUUUGUUGCCCUUAUUCAGACAUUCAUAUGUUAAGGUACAAAGUUGAACAAAAAAGGAAUUAUGAUAAACCAUCUGCAUUUAAUCAACAUCAGAAAGAAAGGAUCAUGGAUUGUUGGGCAACUCCGGUUAUAAAUGUGAGUCCAAUUUGCAGAGAAGACUUUGACCAACUGGCGGAAGGACCAAAAUCAGUACAAAAUGACAUCAGGUAUGCAGAUUUACCUCAAAGCAAAUUGUUAGAUUAUACAUCAAAAGAUAAUCAUUUUUCAUUGAACAAACCACCUUCAGCAAAUGAUGCAGAUGAUUGCGAGGAAGAGGUACAAUGUUUAAAUAGGAGCAUUUUUGCAACCAGUGAUUUACAGCCAACAUCCUGUCCUACGGAAAAUUGGGAACUUUAUAGAAUACUACAACAGCCACCACCGGUUGAAUGGGUUAAAAGGAUGAUUUGUGAUGACCCCAAGCUUCAGAUCUCAAAACUGAAGUUCCCACUUCCAUUCAAUAGGUCAUUCGAGCAUAAGAAAUUACAAGAGAUAGCUCCAGAAAAAACGGUGGAUUAUCGGGAAAACAUAUAUUGCGGGAAAAAACACUCAUUCUUUGGUUUAAAUUCUUCUUAUUUUCACAAUGGAACGCUUUAGCCACCUUUUCAAAAUCUUUGAAAUCAUUAAAGGUUACAAUGAUUUGUCAAAGUGCUUUCAACUUUACCGCACUUUAUAUCUUAGCAGUUAUAAGCGAGUUCGGUAUUUCGAUAAAUGCAAGGAAUUAUGGGAUUUGUCAAAGGCCAUUCGGGAUUUAAAAAAAGCGAACGCAGCGCUGUAUCAACUGUGUAUAAAUUGUUAACUAUUCUACCAACUAUGUCAACUCAAUAGCUUCCUUUCUUGUUCUGCUGUUCACACACUACUUACA